UGUCAAAUUGCCAUUUUCCUAUUUGUUUCGGUGUGUGCAGUGUGGCGAAUAACUGAUGAAAUCACAUUGUUUUUAUAUUUUGUCUAAUAGGAAAAAAAGAUUGUCAGGUAAAGUUUAAGCAUAUGAUAUUUGUGAUGUAUCAAUCUUUUAUUAUAUUUUACAUCAAGCAUAUAUACAUUCGUUAGACCUGUUUAUCACCAUUGACGGAUGUCCUUGUACAUUUUGCAAGAAACGAAGUGGCGGUAAAUUUAAGUUUUACUUUUUAUCUAGAUUUAACAUGUAAUUUUUUUUAAUUGUGAAUAAAAAUGGGUAGCUCAGAAGAAAAUGUUAUUACUAGUGAAAAUAAAAGUGAGUGUGAAAUCGUCGAAAAUGAUGCUGGUGAUAUUUCGGAAAAUGAUAAUUCAGAAAUUACGGAACAAUCCCUAAAUAUGAGUACAUUAUCAAAUGUACCUCAAAAUGACGCUAAUACUUCCAAGGAGGUCGAUAACUCUGGUGCUGGAAGUUCAAAGAAAACGAAAAAGAAAUUCAGGCACGGGAAAAAAGGUCACGUUCUUUCUAAGGACAAUCAGGAGAGAUGUACCGUACGAAGGGUUCAUCAUUCUGGCACAAAAUUUAAACAAAGUAAGAAACGAGCACAAAGUUUUCCUUCUAUAUCAAAAUUCUUUCUACCUUACAAAAGGCCGCGCAAGGAAGCUUUUAUUCCUCCUACUAAAUUUCUACUUGGUGGUAACAUAUCUGAUCCUCUAAAUCUUAAUAGCCUGCAAGAUGAAGACGUGAAUAGAGCAAUGAAUGCUGUAACACCAGAAUCUUCACCACUUCCAACACCACCAAGGCACAAGGCUAAGAUUGAUGUUAUUAUACCACCUAAUAUUAGAGAUCCUCUUAACCUAAUGGAACCCUUAGAUAAUGAAGAAUAUGAGAAAAGACUGGAAAUGCAGCAACGGAAGCCUCGUAAAAAACCAAGAAUAAGACGACGUACAACAGAGACAACCGCACCAACAGUAGAAGUUGUUACAGAAAAAGAAGAAGGCAUUAAGGAGCCACUACCACCUGAACCAUCUACAUCUAUUUCAAAGUCACGCAAGAGAUCAUGCAGUGAAAGUGAAAAUAGUAUACAGAAGGGUAAAGAUGGCAAAAAGUUACGACGAAUGGACUCUUUGGAUAAAAUUGUUAGUCCUGUAGUUCCACAGCCUGGUGCUUGGAUGAGGGCUCGACCUCAACAGAGAGCAGGUACACAAGAACGACCUGCUUCACCACAUAGAACUAAGCUAAAAAGUGUAUCGGAAGAAGAGCAAAAAAUGCCAACAUUUCAUCCAAAAAAUUCACGAUAUCAAUAUGGAAAUUAUGAUAGGUAUUAUGGAUAUCGUAACUUGAAUGCCAUGAUGGAUAUAAGACUGCAAGUGUUUGAAAUGCACCGGCAUCUAUUCCAAAACAAGGAUGUACUUGACAUUGGGUGUAAUGUUGGACAUAUCUCUAUAGCAGUAGCACGCACGCUCGGUGCUAAGUCAGUUGUUGGAAUGGAUAUUGACCCAGUUCUUAUUGGGAGAGCAAGGAAAAACCUGAGAUCUUUUAUACCUGUUCCAUCAGAACAACCAAAGAUAGAAGAUGAGAAGAAAACUGAAGUGGAUGAAAAAAAGAUUGAUUGUGAUAAAUGUGAAGAAAAAAAAUGUGAUGAUUGUAUUUCUACAGAUCAGAAACAUGAUAAGGAAGAUGAUCCUAAGAAGGCUUUAACCGGGAGAAAAUUAAAAAAACCAAGAAAGAACAGAAAGUCAAUUCAUAAACAAGAACUUGGGCAAUGCUUUUUCCCUAUGUCAAUGUCCAUGAUGUUUGGUCCACUUGGUGAUCCAAAGGCUGAAGAUUCAAUGCCUGGGUUUCCCUAUAAUGUCACAUUCAAACAGGGUAACUAUGUUCCUCGUGAGGAUGUAGCAAUAGGAUCUGGAAUGGAGAGUCCACAGUUCGAUUUGAUUUUAUGCCUGUCAACAACAAAAUGGCUUCACCUCAACUGGGGUGAUGCGGGCCUAAAACUUGCGUUUCGACGGAUGUUUGCUGACCUUCGACCCGGAGGUAAACUUGUAUUAGAAGCUCAGAAUUGGGCAAGCUAUAAGAAGAAAAAGCGCUUAACUCCAACUAUUUAUGAAAAUUUCAAUUCGAUCGAGCUGUUCCCCAACAAAUUUCGGGAAUAUCUCCUGUCGCCGGAAGUCGGAUUCAGCAAAUGCUGUAUUUUGGGAGUGCCACAACACGCGAGUAAAGGAUUCCGGAGGCCCAUACAACUGUACAUCAAGGGGGACUUCACCCCGAGCAAGGCGCGGUGGUCGGACGCGUACGCGCCGUCGUCGCAUCACCGGCCCGAGGCUGAGCCGCCGCGCCGAACCGUGUACGCGCCGGUCUCGCCCGCUUACCGGCCCAGCGACGACGCGCCUUCCUGCGGGGCCGUGACUCCCUACUCGCCUAAUCUGGACUGCUGCGCGGACGACUCCCCAUUCUACAACCCCCGCAGCGACUCGUACGCGCCGUCGUAUCAGCCACAGCGGCCGACGGUGUACGCCACGCUGCCGUCGCCGCUGGGCAGCGCGUCGCCCGCCGCGUCGCCGGCCGCGUCCCCCGCGCCGCACGCGUCGCCCGCGCCCGACCCGCUGUCGGCGCGCGGCUUCCCGACGCACGACGACUGAACGUCCGCCUCUCGUUUAUGUAAAUAACUGUAGAUCCCCUAAGAUUAUGUUUCGAUAGGCUGAAAAUAUUUUAU